CCACGACAAGAACAAAGCCUCUUCCUCUCCCUCUCCCUCCACCUCACAUCACAACACAACACAACUCAAUAACUCCCUAUUUCCCACCACUUUCUCUCUCUCUCUCAUCUCUUCUAACCCUCCAAAAGCUGCAACCUUCCUUUGUUUUUUCCUCACUCUCCCUUCAACCUUCCAACUUUUCUAACCCCUUUCCAUUGUUUUCCAUUCUCGGUUUCUUUGCAAUCACACCAUACUCAAACUAGAAGCACUCUUUUUCUGCUUAUAGCUAGUGAGUGGUUUUUUCUGAAGAACCUUUGAUGGCCCUGAGGCUUAUUGUUUUCCUGCUUGCAACAUAUGUGCCUGUUUAUGGAGAUGCUUUCAUUGGUGUCAACAUUGGCACAGACGUGACCAACAUGCCAAGUCCAACAGAAGUUGUGGCCCUUCUCAAGGCUCAAGGCAUCCAACAUGUCAGACUCUACGACACUGACAGAGCCAUGCUUCGUGCCCUCGCCAACACAGGAAUCCGUGUAAUUGUUUCUGUUCCCAACGAUCUGCUACUCGGCAUCGGCCAGUCCAACGCCACAGCUGCCAACUGGGUUGCUCGCAAUGUGGUGGCUCAUGUUCCUGCUACCAACAUUACUGCCAUAGCAGUUGGAUCAGAAGUCCUAACUACACUCCCAAAUGCUGCACCUGUCUUAGUCUCAGCAUUGAAGUUCAUCCAAGCUGCACUUGUUGCAGCAAAUCUUGAUCAGCAAAUCAAAGUCUCUACACCACACUCUUCUUCUGUCAUACUUGACUCUCUCCCACCUUCUCAGGCGUUUUUCAACAAAACUUGGGACCCUGUCAUGGUUCCCUUGCUUAAGUUCCUGCAAUCAACAGGCUCAUUUCUCAUGCUCAAUGUGUACCCUUAUUAUGAUUACAUGCAAUCCGAUGGUGUAGUCCCUCUAGACUAUGCUUUGUUCCGCCCCUUGCCUCCAAAUAAAGAAGCUAUUGAUUCCAACACCCUUCUGCAUUACACUAAUGUUUUUGAUGCUGUUGUUGAUGCUGCAUAUUUUGCAAUGUCAUAUCUGAAGUUCACCAACAUUCCUAUUUUAGUCACUGAGUCAGGGUGGCCCUCCAAAGGCGACUCGGCCGAGCCGGAUGCAACAAUUGACAAUGCCAACACUUACAAUAGUAACCUGAUCAGGCAUGUUCUUAACAAUAGUGGGACUCCUAAGCAACCUGGGGUUGCAAUUGGUACUUAUAUUUAUGAGCUUUAUAAUGAGGACUUGAGAUCUGGUCCUGUGUCUGAGAAUAACUGGGGGCUGUUUUAUGCUAAUGGAGCACCAGUGUAUACUUUGCACUUGACUGGUUCUGGUACUGUGUUUGCAAAUGAUACAACAAACCAAACAUUUUGUGUUGCCAAGAGUAAUGCAGAUGGUAAGAUGCUGCAGGCAGCGCUUGAUUGGGCAUGUGGACCGGGGAAGGUGGAUUGUUCGCCGUUGUUGCAGGGUCAAGAGUGUUAUGAACCGAAUAAUGUAGUUGCACAUGCUACUUAUGCUAUCAAUGCAUAUUAUCAGCAGAUGGCUAAAUCUGCUGGGACCUGUGAUUUCAAAGGGGUUGCUUCUGUCACCACCACAGACCCAAGUCAUGGUUCCUGCAUAUUUCCAGGAAGUGGUGGUAAAAAAGUUAGCAGCACAAAUGGCACAGCAUUGGCUCCAUCUUCCAAUUCCACAAAUUCAGGAUGCUUGGCACAAUAUUACAAUGGUGGAACUUUAACAAGCUCUGUGAUCCUUACUUUAAUUUUGAGUAUAGUUGUCAUGUAAAACUAGACACAUUACCUGUUCAGUGUUAGAAUCUAAUUUAAUGGUGACACGCUCUUCAAUUACCUUUUAAGAGAUUUGAUGCAUACCCAAUUUUGUGUUCCUCAUGUAGAGGGUUUAAAGGGUGGCGAGGUUGGUCAAAAUGUAUAUUGGCAAUUGUAACAUGACUUGUCCAUUGAAUUUUUGUACAAACGAACCAGGAGAAUUUAUUUAAAUCGUUGAUGUAAUUACCUUGUUAGGGGGAAAUAUUUAUAAUCAGAAAAUCUAUUGAAGUGGUUGGUAAU